CCGCUCGAUCUCCGCUCGAUCUCCGGCUUUGUCCGCGAGCCAGAUCUGUCUAUAUAAAGGCGCCGACUGCCACCAACAGUAACAAUCAACCAGCAAUAACUUAGUUCGAUCUUAAAAUAUGUCUCUUUCAGAUCGCAUCAUUCUCAUCACUGGAGCUUCCAAGGGCAUAGGGAAAGCCAUCGCCCAACGUCUCGCCGCCGCCGGUGCGACUAUCAUAAUCAACUAUCUCAGUGAUUGCAACGGCGCCAACGAACUCGUAAACGAGAUCGGACCAUCUCGCGCCCUCGCCGUUCAAGCCGACGUCUCGAAGCCCAGCGAAAUCCGCCGCUUAGUGGAAACAGCUGUCUCCCGAUUCGGCCGCAUCGACACCAUAAUUCCAAAUGCGGGGAUAUUACCAAUGAAAGAUCUGGCAGCUACCACAGAGAGUGACUUCGACACUGCCUUCGCACUGAAUGUCAAGGGUCCAUAUUUCCUUGCCCAAGAAGCCGUGAAACAUAUGCCGCCGGGUGGGAGGGUGGUCUUCAUUUCGUCGACAGUCGCGGCUUUCUCGGGGGUGGCGCCGGCAUACUUGCUUUAUGCGUCGACCAAGGGCGCCAUUGAACAGAUGACAAGAUUGAUGGCAAAGGAUCUGGCGAAGAAGAACAUCACGGUCAAUGCGGUUGCGCCAGGACCAACGAAGACGGAGAUGUUUAUGAAGGGAAAGUCAGAGGAGCUGGUGAAGGGGAUUGCUGCCUCGAAUCCGUUUGGUAGAAUAGCAGAGCCCGAGGAGAUAACUGGGAUUAUUGCGUUUCUGUGUGGCGGGGAAAGUGGAUGGAUGACGGGGCAGGUGGUCAGAGUCAAUGGAGGGAUGCAAGUAUAAAGGAGCCAGUGUGGAAGAAAUCCGCAUAUACCCCUGGCGGUCAUCCGGCUGGAAGGGAAGGAACCCCACAAGCAAAUCCUGUAUAUAUGAGUAGAGGACCAAAAUGGAAUGACCAAACUACACAGAAAGUCGUGGUCCGUUGAAGAGUG